AUGGUAUUCGGUACCCUCUAUACCCAUAGCCCAAAUCCUCGGUCCGCCACAAUCCUUGCCUUGGCCAAAGCUAAUGGUCUUGAGCUGGAUAUUGUAUAUGCGGAGAAGAAAAACAACGACGGAUAUGAGCAGCUGUGCCGAUACAACUCCUUAGGGCAGGUGCCCACCUUCGUGAGAGCCGAUGGCUACAUUCUUUCUGAAUGCAUUCCCCUCACUCUCUACUGUACAUUGCCAUAUUCCCCUACCCGUGACUACUACGAUAUUCUGAAAUGGAUGUCCUUUGCCAACUCCGACCUCUUCUUAGCGGUUGGAGGCGUUUUUCUUCCUCUCAUUGGCCAGCGCCAGAUCAUUCGACAAGAUGCCGAUGACUCUCUCCGCUUCAUGCUUCAUCGCUGCCAACACUUGGAGCACCGUCUGCAGAGUUGGCAGUAUCUGGUGGGGGAACGGAUUACGGUAGCGGAUUUUUUCACAGCAAGCAUGCUUAUGGGGGCAUACGCAGCUUUCCGAGGCGAGAUGGAGGAGAGAUUUCCAGCUGUGACCCGGUGGUAUGACGAAGUCUUUAGUGUGCCUUGGUUUAAGGAAGCUGUUGAUGGACUUCCGAAUCUAGGGUUGUCGUUACCAGACGUAGAAGCAAAUGGAGAGUAG